AUGACCUCACAGUUUGUAGUAUUUGCAUCGCUGCUUGCUUUCGCUGCGGCCUUCCCCGGUGGAUACGGAGACUACUACGGCUCGGAGCAUCAGCUCGAGGGUGGCCAUCAGUAUGGACAGGUGGCACGCAUCUCGCUCGGUGACGGCCAUGGACAUCAUGAGUACCAUGAGGAUGAGCACGUCGACUACUACGCCCCACCAAAGUAUGCGUUCAAGUACGGAGUAAACGACUUCCACACCGGAGAUGUAAAGUCGCAGCACGAAACGCGCGACGGUGAUGUCGUCAAGGGACAGUACUCGCUGGUGGAACCGGACGGUUCGGUGCGCACCGUUGACUACACCGCUGACAAGCAUUCGGGAUUCAACGCGGUAGUGCACAAGACGGCUCCGGUCAGCCACCACCAGGGUGGUCACUACUAG